CUAGGAAAAACCUGGUCAAAUCCCGUUUAUAUGGAUAAAUACACUCGGACUUGUAUGUUAUAGGUUGUUGGUUCGGCUAGACCGCAAUGUGGUGCUGGCUUGACCGUGGAAAAGCUUGUGGUUAAGUUCUCUCAUAUGAGGUUGACAUGUUGUGGAACGUUGCCGAUGGAGAUAUGGGCCUCAAGGAUAAUCUUCAGAAUCUUGUCACUGGCAAGCACAAGCAUUCAGGAGACUCUUCCUCCUUUGUGUCAUUGCAAGAGCAACUCAAGGAAGCUCAACAGAAAAUCGAAGAGCAGGCUGCUUAUAAUGCACAUCGUGAUGCCGAGGUUGCUGCCCGUGAUGCUGUCCAUGAAGCAGAGCAUUCCCGAGCUGUGGCUGACCAAAAGGACAAGCUCGAGCACUUGUCCUUGGCGGAAAAGUAUAUGUGCCAAACUGAUCCGGCCUUUCUCGACUUUAUGGCGACUCAUUCACCUGAAUCAACCACAAAUCGUCUCUCAACUUUAGUUCAUUCUUAAGUUACUUCUCCCUAUUUCAUAACUCUCAAGAACUUGUCACUUGUAUUUGUUCCUUUCAUUUUCAGAAUCUUGGUUUGUGUUAUGAACUUGUGAGAAUUUGCAUUUUGAAUCUUGUUUUGAUGUUAUAAAAAUUGUCUUUGGUU